AGGCCAGGCUUGCAUCUCUUUUGAUGGAAAGCAAGGAGUAUUCAGAAGCACUAAGUCUCCUAUCAGGCUUGAUCAAGGAAGUGAGAAGGCUAGAUGACAAGCUUCUCCUUGUGGACAUAGAUUUGUUGGAGAGCAAGCUCCAUUUCUCUUUGAGAAAUCUCCCUAAAGCCAAGGCUUCACUCACAGCUGCAAGAACAGCAGCCAAUUCCAUAUAUGUGCCUCCAGCUCAGCAGGGAACUAUCGAUUUGCAGAGUGGGAUUCUUCAUGCUGAAGAAAAGGACUACAAGACUGCUUAUAGUUAUUUCUUUGAAGCAUUUGAAGCCUUCAAUGCUCUUGAAGAUCCUCGGGCUGUAUUUAGCCUCAAGUAUAUGUUGCUGUGCAAAAUCAUGGUGAGCCAGGCUGAUGAUGUGGCAGGUAUAAUUUCAUCAAAAGCAGGACUACAGUAUGUGGGGCCCGAGCUGGAUGCUAUGAAAGCAGUUGCUGAUGCUCACUCGAAGCGCUCUUUAAAGCUCUUUGAAACUGCUCUUCGGGAUUUUAAGGCCCAGCUGGAGGAAGAUCCCAUUGUCCACAGGCACCUUUCAUCCCUGUAUGACACUCUGUUGGAACAGAAUCUCUGCAGGUUGAUUGAGCCUUUCUCAAGGGUGGAGAUUGCUCAUAUCGCAGAACUCAUUGAACUGCCAAUCGAUCAUGUGGAAAAGAAACUGUCUCAGAUGAUUCUGGACAAGAAGUUUGCAGGGACUUUAGAUCAGGGUGCUGGAUGCCUCAUCAUUUUUGACGAUCCCAAGACGGAUGCAAUCUACCCUGCAACAUUGGAAACCAUAUCUAACAUCGGCAAGGUUGUGGACAGCCUCUACGUGAGGUCUGCGAAGAUAAUGGCAUGAGGUUGUAGGUUCAAGGAGGCAGUUUCCUGCCUUCGCUUCAUUUCUUUUGGUUCUAUUCUGAGUCGACACUGUGAUGCCAGCAGUAAUCCUUUCAUUUUAUGGUUGUAGACUAAAUUGUACUGUGAGUUUGGUAGGUUCUACCAUUUGGAGAAUUUUCAUUUUACACAAAGGAACUUGUAUUGAGCCUACUCAGGUUGCUUGGAUUUUACGUUAGAGGUUAACUUUGUUUAGGAAAUGUGCCCUUUUACUGCGGUUUGUUGAUUAAUCCCCGUAAUCCCUCCCCCUCUUCUCCCCCUUUCAGCAACUUUUCCAGAGUUUGAAUUCUUCCGCUGUUUUCGUUGUGCA